GAGAGAUUUGUUUCUGUUUUCAUGUAUCCUCAAACCUUUGUUCAAUUAGGAUGAACAUGGGUCAAAAAUUGUGGAAAUCUACGAGUAAUAUUUAUGCCUUGUAUGUAAACAGUACAGAAUUAUAUAUGAAAAACAUUAUCCAGAAACUGGAAGUGUUAGUGCUGUUAUAGGCCUUGUCUUUGUCCCAGCAAGUGACAGCAUACUGUAAUGGUCCAUUCGGUGUUGAAUUUUUCUUUUUGGUUCCUAGUUCGAGAGUGUUUUAACACUUUGGGGAUUAACUUCAAAGCUGCACUCUCCAUGUACCUUGUCCAAUUGGCAUUGAAUUUCUUAUGUUAGGAAUUCCUUCAUAAGUCAUUACCUUUGAGGGCUAUUAGCUCUGUAUUCUUCUUUUUCCAUUUCUUUUUUUGUUUAAGGCUUCUGAUUUCCGUCCAAUCCAAGUUCUUAUGUGGAGCAGGGUUAUGUGUGGAAUUGAAAGCACAUUGCUGACAUGUAGUGAUUUCUCAGAGGUCCAUAAUGGAAGAUUGAUUAUUGGGGAAGACAAGGAAUUUGCGAUUUAGGUUGGCACUUUACAUCCAGAGAUGGCUGCACGUUUUGCUUCCAGAUUGUCUCAUGUGGGCCGAUCAGUGUUUGGGGGGCUUGGCAACAUCUCUUCUGGUUCACUGAGAACAUCACUUGAUAGCACAUGGAACAAUUUCUUGUCUCAGCAGCAAAGGACUUUCAUACAGAUGAGGACCGUUCUCAAAGUUGUGGACAACUCAGGGGCAAAAAAGGUGAUGUGCAUACAAGCUUUGAAGGGGAAGAAAGGAGCAAGACUGGGCGAUACAAUAGUUGCAUCAGUGAAGGAAGCUCACCCCAAUGGAAAAGUGAAGAAAGGAGAAGUUGUAUAUGGUGUGGUUGUGCGUGCUGCCAUGCAACGUGGCAGAUGCGAUGGUAGUGAGGUCAAGUUUGAUGACAAUGCUGUAGUACUUCUUGAUAAGCAAGGCCAGCCAAGAGGGACUCGAGUAUUUGGGCCAGUACCCCAUGAACUAAGGAAGAAAAAGCACCUUAAGAUUCUAACCCUCGCAGAGCAUAUCGCUUAAUGUCAGGAUGUCUCCCAGGGAUUAUGAAUUUUCUGUUUUUUGGUGUUUAAAUGUUUUAGAUUUUGUUGUUUAAGAGGAGGAAUUUUGCCCAUAGUCUCUUGGAAGCUGAAUUUGAUCAUGGUCAUUGUUGGAAUACUAGCAUAUGAUGCCCUUCUCUACACAUUCAGGAUUGUAUCCACUUAAUAAUUUUGCUUAUGAUUCAUAUUUCUGAUACUUCAA